CAUGGCGAUUAAUCUGAUCAAAAACUCCUGUUUGGGCUCUUAUAAUCUCUCGCUUCUACCAUAAUUGGGGAACUUUUGUCCUCCUGACAUGGAUGCCUACGUACUACAAUCAGGUUUUAAAGUUUGACUUCAACCUCACCGAAUCCUGACUCCUCUGCGUAUUGUCUUGGUUGACUAUGGCUGUCUUUGCAAAUAUAGGAGGGUGGAUCGCUGAUACACUCGUGGGCAAAGGUUUUUCCAUAACGGCAGUGCGUAAGAUCAUGCAAUCGAUAGGCUUUCUGGGGCCUGCCUUCUUCCUUACACAGCUAACCUAUGUCAGAACACCUGCUAUGUCUCUGCUGUGCAUGGCAUGUAGUCAGGGAUCAGAUGCAUUCUCUCAGUCAGGUCUUUACUCCAAUCACCAAGACAUUGGCCCACGCUAUGCUGUGAGUUUCUGAAAAUAG